AUGAGUGCAAACACCUCCGUGGUGACUGAAUUCAUUCUUGUAGGCUUCUCCCACCUGGUUGACCUCAUGGGCUUGUUCUUCUUUCUUACCAUCUACCUGCUCACAUUGGCAGGCAACCUCCUCAUCAUGGUGCUGGUCUCAACAGAUGCCGCCUUCCAAUUCCCUAUGUACUUCUUCCUUCGGAUCCUCUCAACCCUGGAGAUGGGCUACACAUCUGUUACUGUCCCUUUACUGCUUCAUCACCUCCUCACUGGCCGGCACCACACCCGCUCUGGCUGUGCCUUCCAGAUGUUCUUCUUUCUCUUUUUUGGCGCUACGGAGUGUUGCCUCCUGGCAGCCAUGGCUUACGACUGCUAUACAAGCAUCUGCGAGCCCCUCUGCUAUCCACUGCUGCUGAGCCGUUGAGUGUGUCCACAGCUAGUGGGGUCAGCGUGGGUGUGUGGAGCGAUAGUGAGGCUUGGCCACACCUCCUUCAUCUUCUCCUUGCCCUUCUGUGGCCCCGAUGCCAUCCCACACUUCUGUGAGAUCCAGCCCAUCCUGCAGCUGCAAGUCAGCACAGCGUAG